CAAUGACUUUGAUGAGACGGCUCCUCGUGGAUGCACAGGCAAAAAUCCUGAAAAUGAUGGAUGACAACAAGCAGCUGGCUCAGCGCAUAGACGGGGCUAUUCAGUCGGCCAGCCAGGAGGUGACCAACUUGCGCUCGGAAUUGAGCGCCACCAGCCGAAGACUGACCGAGCUGGGGGCUGCUGACCCUUCAGGCAGCAUGCUCGAGACCCCGCAGCACAACUACAACGAUACUUCUCCGCGCACGAGGCAGAAGGUGCCUUCCACUGACCUGUGCUACACGGGUGAAAUCAGCAGUCUGAUGGACUUCAACUCUCCUGAUGCCUCCCUCGACAAAGUUCUGCUUCGUGAGGAGGUGGCCCAACUGCAGGAAGAGGUGCACCUGCUGCGCCAGAUGAAGGAAAUGUUGAGUAAGGACCUGGAGGAGAGCCAAGGAGGAUGCUCGGCCGACGUGCUUUCUGCCACGGAGCUCCGCGUGCAGCUGGCUCAUAAGGAGCAGGAGCUGGACCGAGCCAAGGAGGCUUUGCAAGCCAUGAAGUCAGACCGUAAGCGUCUUAAGGUGGAAAAGGCAGACCUGGUGAACCAGAUGCAGCAACUUUAUUCCACACUGGAGAGCCGGGAGGCGCAGCUCCGUGAUUUUAUUCGCAAUUACGACCAGCACAGAAAAGAGAACGAGGAUGCGGUGAAGGCUCUCGCCAAAGAGAAAGACAUGUUGGAGAGAGAGAAGUGGGACCUCCGGCGGCAAACCAAGGAGGCCACCGAGCACACUGGAAUGCUACGCACACAGCUGGACCUCAAGGAAAACCGCAUCAAGGAGCUGGAGGCUGAACUGGCCAUGGCCAAACAGUCACUAGCCACCCUGACCAAGGACGUUCCUAAACGUCACUCCCUGGCGAUGCCAACAGAAACGGUUGUCAACGGCAACAACCAGGAAUGGGUUAUGCAGGCUGACCUUCCCCUCACUGCUGCCAUCAGACAGAGUCAGCAGACCCUCUACGUGCAUACUAGCCAUCCCACUGACAGACAAGUGGCUGCUGUGCGGGUGAGCCCGUGCCACUCGCGUCAGCCGUCCAUCAUCUCCGACGCCUCGGCUGUGGAGGGAGACAGGUCGUCUACACCUAGUGAUAUCAACUCUCCACGUCAUCGGACUCACUCUCUCUGCAAUUCUCUAGAAGAUCUGGAGGUGGCGAAGUGUAAGAAGAAGAAGGAGAAGAUGGGCCUGGGCUCUUUGUCGCGGGUCUUUGCCCGAGGAAAGCAGCGCAAGUCCCUGGACCCGGGUCUGUUUGAUGGUACUGCAACACCUGAUUAUUACAUAGAGGAGGACGCAGACUGGUAAAGGCCACACAGAGAUCCUCUGUGGAAAUGAUCAGAGGACGGCGUUGUGUUUAUGUGUGCGUGAGAGAGAGCAUGUAUGAAGGUGUGUGGGUGUGACCUAGCACAUUGCACCUGUAUUAAUGUACAUCCCUGUAAAAGAGCGCGACAACAUGGUGGACAUUACUUUCAAUUCUCUAUUUUGAUUUUCACUCAACUGCAAACUUGAAGGACUGCUGUACGUGAAAAUAACGACAGUUGACGUGCACUUUGUGUGUGUGUGUGUGUGUGUGUGUGUGUGUAAAUGUCUCCUUGUCCUGAAUGCCUUUUCUUAUUUUUGAUAUGUAACCCUGACUACCUUUUAACUCUCCCUCGUUUACUGUCUUGCUUGGUUCACCCCCACUCCUUUCACACUGCCAUGAUGAUGACAGUUUUCCCGUGGGCGACAUGUAGAUCAAAUCCAUCCCAUUCUGUAUACAGUCAGAAAAAAUGCGCAAGCAUCUCUUUCAGCGGAAUGAAUCCACCACUCAGGGCACUUUGCUGCCUAGCAACACGAGGCCCAGCAGGAAUUGUGGGAAAUGUGAUUUCUAUCUGUUCAGAUAGAAGCGCUUGUACGUGCCAUAUUGUGCCAUGCAUGCACAUACUGUAGCUCCUGUCCCACAACGCAUGCGACUCUGGCUCCACUGUCCUUAAGAUAAACUAACAACUGUCUACUUUAAGAAAAGAGAGGUCAGUUACUCCCGCCUCACUCUUGGCUCCAAUUGUGAAAUGGUUAGGAACGUCAUCCUUUCUAAAUAAACAAGUGGAGGGAUUCUUUACAAAAUUAGAAACACAGUGACUGAGGAAACAUUAAUGGGAAGCAAAGGCAACAUUUUUUAAUUGAUUACAAAAAUAUUGUUGUGCAUGCAAUAAUAGAGUGCUGCUGAAAGGUUUAUACAUUUCUACAUCCAGUGGAAACUCUAUGUUCGCACGUCCUAAUUUCCAUGUCAUUUCAGUUUUUUACGAUUGUUUUCAGCAAAAAUUUGUUCCAGUUUUCAUACAUCCAGUCAGUUUUCGUAUAGUUAAAAAUGGUCCAUACCAAACUCAUCCCACCUGCCCACAUGACCCUCGAUUCAUUUCCUGGAGUACAUCGCCCACACAAAGCAUCUAAUGUGCGUGCACAAUUUUUUUAUUGUUUUCCUGUUGCGUGAGCGUCACCCUGCACAUUAAUGGGAAACAUUUCUCCGUAUUUAUUGAAUGCGGCUGUUCAAUAGGCCAAUAUGGGGCCCAAAAAAAUUAUUUGCGCCAGAUGACAAAAUUCAAGAAAUAACUCAUAGCGAAGAACGAAGACUGGUGUAUUAGCCUUCCAAACAAUAACCUCUCAUCCUCCCUCUUUGUCCUUCAUACUCUUUCAAGAAUCUUCAAUAAUCAUGUUUUUUAUAAUGUUCAUUAAUCCAUUUCAUUAGUCAAUUAUAGUUCACAUUAUUUUUUUAUGUUAAACUAUAGUUGUUGUCUAUAAAAUGUCUUUUUUAUUAAUAUUUCUGAGUGUAUAGAACAGAUUACUUGAUUUACAUUAUUUCCUAUGGAAAAUAUUGUUUCAGUUUUUGUAUGAUUCAAUUUCAGUUAAACAUUUUGGAACGGAUUCAUCUUGAAAACUGAGCAGGUGUGCCGGAGCCUAUCUCAGCUGACUCUGGGCGAGAGGCAGGGUACACCCUGAACUGGUCGCCAGCCAAUCGCAGGGCACAUAUAGACAAACAAUCAUUCACACCUACGGGCGAUUUAGAGUCAAACAUUAACCUACUAUGCAUGUUUUUGGGAUGUGGGAGGAAACCGGAGUACCCGGAGAAAAGCCACGCAUGCACCUGGAGAACAUGCAAACUCCACACAGGCGAAGACGGAUUUGAACCUGGGUGCUCGGAGCUUUGAGGCAGAUGUGCUGAGGCAGAUGUGCUAAUCAGUUGUCUACCUUUGUCUACCGUUAUUUAAUAUGCUAAAGAUUAAAGAAGAUUAUUAAAGAAAGAACACAGUAUCAAAUGUCCUAGUUAAUUGAAGUAAUUAACACUGCCUUCCACAUUUUUGUACCAGGUCCUUUUUUUUUUUCUUCUAACGAUGGAUGCACCAAGCAAUGAUUUGGACCUGUGUGGGUGUUAAACACUUUCACCCUUAAAAGUUUGGGUAUUGAAACACAUGCCCACAGGAAGAAAGAAAGAGGAAGAAAAAAAAAAAGCAAUUAAAGUUGUCCCAAAGGGUAACAAUGGCAUUUGUUCAAGUGAAAGCCAAUGACAGUGGUCAGAUAAUUUGCAUGCUUUUGCGGGAUAGAGCUGGAGUUUGCACUGCCUCGCCCCCAGGAAAUCUCUUCUCUUAAUCUAAUCUCACUUUCCCCUGCACCACUACUGACUGCACACAUUACUGAGUGUGUGCAGCAAUGGGAGCGUUCAACACAAAGCUUACCCUAUGAAACUUCACCUAUAAAAGCAAUUAUGUAUUGGAUUGUAUGCAUAAGCAGCCCCACAUAUUUCAUGAAAUAUUAAGGCUUUCGUUUUGUUCUCUUGCCAACUUUCAGAAGAAUCGAAGAGGUCAUUUUAAAGUUUUUGAGCCUGUCUGUGUUUUUUGUUUUGGUUUGUUUUGUUUUUGCUCAGAUGCUUUACUUGGAAAUGAGACAACAAUACAAAAAAUGAAUAUUAUUGAAAAAUUAUCUUAAAAUGGCAGCGGUUCAGCAGGGAGCUGAUCUUCAGUUGUAAAGUCCUGAGAUGUGUACAUGUAUCAUUUUAAAAGGCAUGGUUAAAUUAAAGAAAAAGAAUCACAGGGGAGAAAUAAGAUCAAAAUAAAAUGAGAUUAUUUUAUAAUAAAAAUAAAUCAUGUUGAAUUUUCAUGUGGCUGUCCUCUCUUUCCCUGUGUGUUAAUAUUUGUGUGUGUUCAUUUGUCCCGACUCUAAUCCUGUGUGCCUUGUGUGUGCAUGUGUACAAGGAUGCUUUCAAAUGGCCUCCUUUCCUCUCCUUCCAAACGUUAGCGCACGUUUUCGCCGUUCUGCUCUCUGGCCUUGCAAUCGGAGAUGACAUUGAGAGGGAAAGGACACCAUGCUGGAAACACGUGACGUACUGUAACUCGUUUGCACUAACACAGUGAUUCUCAACUGUUGUCACCCUGGGACCCACAUUUUCCAAUUUUCACCAAGUCACGACCCGCUUUUGUACAAGUGAAGAGCAAUAAAGAAAAUGUGAAUUUGAAAACAGACUAAUCACAAAAAGUUAGGUGCAUUGGGCUU